GCUCCAUGGCGCUCGGGGCGGGGGGCGGUCGCCGGGGCUGGGCGCGCCGCUGACGCGGGGGGCGGGCGGGGAAGGGGAGCGAGAGCCCCGGCGGAGCCCGCACAGCCCCCGCGCCCCGCGGGUCCGCCUUGCCGGAGCGCCGCGCACAGGACUAGAAGAAUAGACAAGUUGGAUUGAUGAGAACUGUAAGAAAGUAUUCAACAGUAUGGAAUGGAUUGAUUUAUGAUACAUCUGAUACAUGAGAGCUACAUUUUGUGUCACUGUUGUCCAGCUGCUGCCAGAGUACUUCAGCUGAUUUCAUUGCAGCGAGCCCAACAGAUAGUCCUCAUCGCUAAGAGAACAUAAAGUGUGAUGCUGAAAUGAGAUGAGGCUCCGAAAUGGAACUGUGGCCACCGUGUUAGUUUUCAUCACUACUUUCCUCAGUUUGUCCUGGUAUACUGCAUGGCAAAAUGGGAAAGAAAAGCUGCUUGCCUACCAGCGGGAGUUCCACGCGUUGAAGGAGCGCCUGCGCAUCGCCGAGCACCGCACGCUGCAGCGCUCGUCCGAGCUCAACGCCAUCCUGGAGCAGUUCCGCAGGGCCGUGGCGGAAACCAACGGCAGCAAGAAUGCCAUGAACAAUUUUUCAGAUGAGACGCUGAAAUUGUUAAAAGAGCUAACAAGUAGAAAAUCUCUUCAAGUGCCAAAUAUCUAUUACCAUUUGCCUCAUUUGUUGAAAAAUGAAGGAAGCCUUCAACCUUCUGUGCAGGUUGGCCUUGGAAGGACAGGAGUUUCCAUUGUAAUGGGAAUACCUACAGUGAAAAGAAAAGUCAAGUCUUACCUUACAGAAACUCUCCACUCCCUUAUUGAUAAGCUGUCCCCUGAAGAAAAACUGGAUUGUGUUAUGGUUGUCUUUAUAGGAGAGACUGAUCUUGAUUAUGUUAACAGUGUUGUUGCAAGCCUGGAAAGAGAGUUUUCUACAGAAAUCAAUUCUGGCUUGGUGGAAGUAAUAGCCCCUCCUGCAACAUACUAUCCUGACUUAUCAAACUUGAAAGAAACAUUUGGAGACUCAAAAGAGAGAGUGAGAUGGCGAACAAAACAAAACUUGGAUUAUUGUUUUCUUAUGAUGUAUGCACAGAAAAAGGGGGUUUACUACAUUCAGCUUGAAGAUGACAUUGUUGUCAAGCAGAAUUAUUUCAGCACAAUAAAAAAUUUUGCGCUUCAGCUUGCUUCUGAAGAUUGGAUGAUUCUAGAAUUUUCUCAGCUGGGUUUCAUUGGUAAAAUGUUCCAGUCUCCAGAUAUCACUCUUAUUGUAGAGUUCAUAUUUAUGUUUUAUAAGGAGAAACCUAUUGAUUGGCUCCUGGACCAUAUCCUCUGGGUGAAAGUGUGUAACCCUGAGAAAGAUGCUAAACAUUGUGAUCGACAGAAAUCAAACCUACGGAUACGCUUCAGGCCUUCUCUUUUCCAGCAUGUUGGCCUCCACUCUUCUUUAGCAGGGAAGAUCCAGAAACUCACAGAUAAAGACUUCCUGAAACCAUUACUGCAUAAAAUCCACGUGAAUCCACCUGCAGAGGUUUCGACAUCUUUAAAGGUCUACCAGGGGCACACGCUAGAAAAAACCUACGUAGGGGAAGAUUUUUUCUGGGCUGUCACACCAGUUGCUGGAGAUUAUAUUCUCUUUAAGUUUGACAAGCCAGUCAAUGUAGAAAGGUACUUGUUUCACAGUGGCAAUCCAGAGCAUCCAGGAGACAUACUUCUAAACACGACUGUAGAAGUUUUGCCUUUACAGAGUGAAGAACUGGUAUUAAGCAAAGAAACCAAAGACAAACGCUUAGAGGAUGGUUACUUCAGGAUAGGGAAGUUUGAAAACGGUGUAGCUGAAGGAACAGUUGACCCCAGCUUAAAUCCUAUUUCAUCAUUCCGGCUUUCAGUGAUACAAAAUUCGGCUGUUUGGGCAAUUCUGAAUGAGAUUCAUAUUAAAAAGAUUACAAACUGAUCAUGAAAAUCUGCUUUAGAGGAAAAAGAAAGAAUUCUUGAAAAUUCUUCCUAUCUGACAAAAAAUCUGACAUCCUUAGCAAGUCACAAAUUGAAAAUACUGAGCAUGCACCUUAUUCCAAAUGUCAUUCUUUUUCACUUGAACUCUACCUCUUGUGAAAUCUACUGUAGAUGAGAAGAUUGUAUUUACCCCUUCUUAUCUGAUCCAUCCAGAAACUGAUGCUCCACACUGAUAACGUUCUUCUGAGGCCCAAGUUGUCCUCCACUGUAAUGUGACUUUGCCAUUUUAUGGUUGCAGAACCCUGCUACGCUUAACCUGUACUAUUUUGAUAGUAUAGUAAUAUAGAGUUGUACAUAUUGUUACAUUCCUUGAAGAAAAAAAAGAAAUAUAAUUAUUGUUAAAUAAGUUUUAUGAAGGGGGUACUUUCGGAGUUCCAUUUAUUUUCUAUAACAAGAACCCUCUUUUAUAGACUGUCAGGGAUAUAUAUUAAAAAUGCUAGGGAUAUUUAAUUUAUUAAAAUAAUUUGAAAAGUACAUAUUUUUAUGCAGUAAAAUUUUAAAUUGAUAUAGUUUUUUUAUGAAUUCUCUAGUUUAAGUUAUCUUUCUACAUUUUUCUUUGGAGAUGCGAACAUAAAUUAAUACCAUAUUUCAAAUAUACUGCCAUGUUUAAAAAAACAAGAUUAAGUUUCUAAAUUAUGUAGUUUUAUACACAGAAUCUGAAUGAUGUUCAGAGGCAUAGAGUUCUGAAGAGCAUUAUUCUUUGGGGCUAUGAAAUUCCACUAUGUACAGUUUGUAGCCACAAACAUAAAAAGCAUGUUGAGAUGUCUUGUUUCAUAUUAUGUACUAAAUCUGCAGUGAUUUUAGAUAGAAUCCAUUGCAUUUUAGAAGAUUUUGUUUUUACUCCAAACCAGUUCUUUCUAAAAAUAUUUGUAAACAUUUCCUAGGCUGAACAAAUUAAUUUUCCGUACUGAAGAAAAUCAUUCUCCAGCUUUGCUUUGGAGUAAUAAGAGGUUACCUUUUAUCAAAAAAAUGAACAGUAGAUACAUUUGAUUUACAGAGAUCUCCUUUUUAAAAGUUCUGUUAUUGCAGUGUUUAUUUUGGAUACAUUAGUGAGUAGUUACAGUUUACUUUCUUCCUUUGGUCUUAGUUUGACUCCUUUCUGAAUCAGUAGGGUAACUCGCACUAACUUUAUAGUAGGAAUUUGGCCUCAAGUUAGUACCCUGCGUUUUCGUUUCAAGGGAAACAAGGGUGAUCUUAAAUGAAUCAGAAAUUCAGUCAGGAACAGAACGUGGUCUGGAUUACAAUCAGAGUGGAACUGUUGCAGCACUAAUGCUGCUGCUUUUUUUAAGAGUCCUUCUGCUUAGGUGCUUAUGUGUAACGACUCAUGCAUGAGAAAAAUUCAGUUAGUCAGAAAUGGCUAGGUAUAGAGAGGCAGGAAUUCCUCCCUUUAAUAGGAAUGAAGUGCCUGAUUGACAUUGGAGGGAGGCAUCCAUGCUGGCUUGGGUAUUGUCAGUUGUGCUGUGAACCAGGCUCCUGGAACCGACGUCUCAAAAGCUGGCCAGCUUUCCCUGUGGAAAAACCCACACUCUGCUCCCCCCAACACAGAAUCAUGGAAUCACUUAAGUUGGAAAUUACCUUUGUUGUCUUUGUGAUCAGGGCACAGAUGCAGAAAACCUGUUGCAGGUUCCCUGAUCUAGAGCAGGGGUCUUGAACUUGUACUUCCUCAUUAAAGUUUGACUGAUAGAUUUGGCCUCUCUUUCAUGAUAUGUUUAUAAGGAGCAGGAGCCUAAGCCUGCCUCUCCAUCAUGCCACCCUCACUGCUGGGUUAUAGUGUCAACCUGUCUUCUAUUCUGCCUUGUUGGAGAAUUGUGCCAUAGCUUUGACAGUUCAGCAAUAUUCAAGUUGAAGAACUUAGCUACUUCUACAGACUGUUGUCAUUUUGGUUUAGCUAUGUUGUCUGGAGACACAGGGAAGACAAGAUUUGUAAACAGAGGUUAAGACCUUCUGUUUAGACUGACUGGUGUAAGUUCAAGAAAAAUUAGAUACCAAGUGGACUUUGUUUACUUUUUCUGAUUGCAUCAGAUGGUGUAAAUAAAAUGUUACUUGGAAAGCUUGUGUUGCCCAUAGACAUUGAGAGCAUAAGCUAAGCACUGGUCACAUAAAUGAAGCUUAUUCUUGGAUUUAGGAAUGUGGGUAACUAGGCUCUGAAUCCUGUGUGACUCUAGCGUAUUGUGGUGCUACAGCCCUGUUUGUUUCCUGUAUAAUGCCCUGCCAUCAAAUUACGGACAUGAAAUGGCUUUUUAUCACACAUCAGCUAGCAAAGGUCUGAGAAAGUAUUUAGGUUUUCUUCUCAGCUGUGUCUGUGAAUGAAUGAUGCAAGUUUUUUAAACUAGGGUUAUUUAUUACAAUCCAGACUGCAGAAAUACAUUAGAUAUUGCAGUUUCUUACUAUAACUAGUUUUGCUGAUAGUGACCUUUUCCAUAAGUCCAGAAAUUUAUUGGUGCCAUUUAAAUAAGAAAGCUGUGUGCUUUUUCUCAAAGCAUCGGUUCCUGAUGUUUCACAGUAGUUAAGAUGAAUCACUGCUAAUAUAUUUAAAUACAUAGAAUCAUACCACAUUGAUUGCAAGACUGGUUAGUAGUAUAUUUAGUCUUCAAAAAUGUUGAGAAGAAAUUUAUCCAAGACAACAAAUUAAACCAGUGUAUGGUAAAAUGUGGCUUGUUUUCUAAAGAUUGAUGCAUUUUAUUACAUUGUAGCAGCAAUGUAGAAAAUACUCUGGGCUGCUUCAAUACUUUCAAUGUUCCUGAGCUUACAGGCUCUCUAGAUAAAUGUGCCACAUUAAUACAAAUUAUAUUUCAUAGAUCCAGGUAAAUUCAGAGCUGGUGUAAUCAGGUGGAUUAUUUCUGCAGACAGCUAUUUUGGGCAUUGUACCUUUAAAUUCCAAUCUACAAGUCAGGCUAAAGCGGUGCACCAGUGGGCCAGUGUCUCCUGCACAUCUCCAUUGUAUGGGACAGUGUUACCGUAAGAGAUCUUAAACCUAUUACCUGUUUUGAGGAGUUUUUCCCUACGUGUAUUCAAUUCAAUUUCAAAAGUAAUUUUUGUUGUAACCUUAAAAAUCCCCUUGAGGCUGCUGAAUCUUAGAGUUAUCCAAUACUGGCAAGUGUUUAAAAAACACCCUGCACUGUCCUAUGCUCCUAUCCAGAAACCUUCAUUAUCUGGGCAAAUGAACUUCUUAUACUGGAUGCCAAACAGACUGACUGAUAUGAACAUUUGCUUUUCUGAGCUGAUCAGGAUUGCUUGGGACCAAGGAAACACAAGACUGUCAGUAUAACCUUGCUUUGCUCAUUCAGUGGGUCACUCUACUGAAAACUUUGUAAAUAAUGUGAACAGGAUGUGAUAGUUAGAGUGUUUCUAAAGCACUGUAUAAGGCUUUGAGCUUUUGCAGGCAUCUCAAUCGUGUGUUUUCAUUGAUGGAAAAAAUUCCUACAGAUAUAUUCCUUUUUUCUGUACUUAAAGAUGGCUUAGAAAAAUUCAGCUAGUGAUGUGAUUCACGGACCAAGAAAAGACUGGAGUCUCCUGUCAUAUCACUGCUUGUCUAGCUGUUUCAAAGCAGUUUUUAAAUAGCUUGAGUCAGCUUUGAGCAAAGCAAUUUAUAUUUUGCCUGUGGGAAACAUAGUUCCUUGAAUCAGCUGAAGUGUGAUUUUGGAAAAAUUUGGAAACUGUGUAUGUGUUUCUUUUUUUUUAUUAUUUUUUUCCCCCAGAUAUAUUAUAGUUUCAAUAAUCUCUGUAUUUUGUUUGAAGUACUUGCUCCAGAUGAAGUAUCAUAGUAAUUUGUCAUUCGCCUCCAACUUUGAAAGUAUUAUGUUAGUCUUGUGGGGAGAACAGAAAAAUUAAAUCUUCUCAAACCUUGCUUCCCUAAAAUACAUGAACACAAGGUUCAACAUUUGUUCUUACUAAGAAGGAUGUAUUCUGAAAAAGCUAGAACAAGUAACUCUAGCUAGAAAUGGGGAAAAAAAAAAAAGUCUUUGUGUUUUUAAAUCAUCUUUACAAUCACCAGCAUAAGGCUGAAAAGCUAUUAAACAACUGGUGUUUUCAGGCUAGCAUUGAUUGCUGAUGUAAAACACACAGCCCAUGGAGACCUGGUCAUUAAGUCCUCACAUGUCACCUUUCUGACCUUAGUGGUCUCUGAAGGGUUUUGCUAAGUUCUGCUGUAAAGAGUGAACUGCUGAAGUUAAAGUAGUUUAAUUUUGAUAAUAAUGAAGCCUUCUUUCAAGGAAAAAAACAUUGAUAUCUCUAAAGGGAAGGUACACAGGCCCUGAGUCCUUCAACAGUAUUGCACUACAGGGCACUAAAUAAGAAGUAUUUUUACUGUUGAACUGAAGUGGAUGAUCAGUGAUGCUAGGAUUCCUGUUAGGGAAAAGGUGUACAGUUAGGCUGCAGCUGCCUGCAGGACAGGAAAUCGUGCUGUUAGCCAGGGAGUGAGCAGAUCCUGACAGGAAUCCUUCACUUUCCCUGGAUCAGCAGAUCACUGCUUUCCUUGUUUAAAGGAGAAUGUUGCUCAGCAUCUGCUGAGAGGGAAACAUGAAUCUCUUCAAGCCUUAACAGUGGCUGAAACACACAGUACUGUAAGAUGCACUGCCAGCGUAUUUGGUAUUUUAUUAUAAAUUAUAGUUUUCCUUAGAGAUCAAAUUCUAGUAUUGAAAUUGUCUUACUGUAACCAGUUUACUCUCGUGUUGUUUUGGAAACUGAAUCCUAGUGCUCAUGUUUCAUGCUGAACACUGCAUUGGAAAGCUGUCAUCUUCACUUUCCAUAAGGUAUUGUUUGUGAUGGUCAGUUUCUACUUCUGCCUUGUGGACUCAAGAGCUGCAGGCAUUGCCAUGAGCCCGCCAUUGUAGCCAAACCAACUUGUACGUUCCUUCCAUAUUCAUUGACCUGCCACUCAGAACGGUGGAUGUAGUAAUACCCACUGGACUGCUAGAGAUUGGGUUUAAAAACUUGCUGCUAUCUUUGGAAACCUGGUAUGGGUCAUGUUAAUUGUGCCUUUCAUCACUGUUUUUCCUGUGUGCCAGAGUUGUCCACGUAUAUUUGAAGUAGUCACUGAAGUAAAUCUGUUCUCACAAUCUUUCAUACAAGGAGAGGACAGAUCUGUAUCUAGAGACAGUUGUUGCUUUACCAUCGCAACACUAUUAAGAUCUGUACUUUCACACAGUCCCAAGGCAAGGUAUUCCAAUAUUACUCUUCAAGAAAACUGCUUUUUGGUGUCACUUAAACCCCUCAUAAUGUAGAGCUUAUGCCAGUAUGUGCAAAGUAUCUGCAGUAAGAGUUAUGCUACAUAGACUUGUUGCAAUUAAAUUUAAGCUACAGAAAUGUACAAGUAACUUGUUUUUAGGAAUGUACUGCGAAAGUAUUUGAACAAAAUUGCUAACAUGUUUACUGUUGUAAAUAUUUUAAUAAAAAAGGACACUUCAAACUUUUUUACACAAUUAUCUACAAUAAAGAGAAAUUUACAACCA